GUCCUUGACCCCGGCGUCUUUUCCCACGAACCCGAGGGUCCUGCCCCCGCCGAUCCCGGAGCGUGCUUUCCCGCGAGGUCCCGGAUGCCUGGAAACCAGAGGGACUUGUGCGAUUGAGGUUUGAAGACACCGUCUUGCAGUGAAACGGAAAUCACUUUCAACUGGGCCUAUGGCAGAAUUUCGAGGUCGUCCCUGGACUGAAUCUGGGGCCUUUAGGUUGCCUGAUCCUUCUGCCCGGGGAGAGCAGGACUGGGAGUGGAUUUUCACUUCAAAGAGCAGGGAGGAGGUGAAGCAGACUCAAAAGCAUAAGACAAAAGAUUUGUCUUCUAAGGAUAAGAACUGGUCCCCAGAGGGGAAGAGGAAGCCCACAAUACUGGAGCCGGUGACAUUCGAGGACGUCACCGUGGUCUUCACGGAGGCCGAAUGGAAGAGGCUGAGCUCUGAGCAGAAGAGCCUCUACAGAGAAGUCAUGCUGGAGGUGUACAGGGAUCUGCUUUCCUUGGCAGAUCCAAAGCCAGCCAUCUAUCCUGAUCCCUCCAGCCUUCUGCCUCUCUUUGGUCAGCCGUUCCUCAGCCAACACGUGCUUCAGAUCGUCCCAGGCUUCUGUGCAGAAAAUUACUUCCAUCCAGGGGGGUGCAGCCCAGGGCAACAGAAGCAGCCGGAGCAGCAGGAGUCUCCUCAGAGCUGCAGGAGUGAGAACACAGAAAAUCGGGAGAGAGAAGACGUCUCCACACACUUGUGGGAGAGGACAGAGGAGAGAGAGACUUCAAAGAGAUUCUCCAGCCCACUCCAGAGACCCUCACCAAGCCCCAGAGAAGGCAGCACAGUGGUAGGAAUAGGGCCCAACUCAGUCCAAAAGGUAAGCUCUGUGGAAACAGACAAGGGGUUGAAGGAAUUAGAGACCUCGAGAUUUGGAGCAGUCAGCUCUAGAGAGGAUGGGCCAGACUGUGGUCCUAAGUCACACUUCAUCACAAAUCAGAGGGCCCUCUUACAGGAGACCCCCUAUGUUUGCAGGGAGUGUGGGAGAGGCUUUAACCAGAAAUCCCUUCUCUUUAUGCACCAGAGAAUACACUCUGGGGAGAAGCCUUACAUACACAUGGAGGGUGGGCAAGGCCUGAGCCAGAAGUCAGGCCUCAUCAGACAUCAGAAGACACACUCCGAUAAGAGACCUUAUGUCCCCAGUGAGUACGGCCAAGGCUUUAACUGGAAAUCAGUCCUCAUUAUGCACCAAAGGACACACCCGGGGGGGAAAGCCCAUGUGUGCAAGGAGUGUGGGCGAGGCUUUGACCGAAAAUCCAAUCUCAUCAGACACCAGAGGACACAUUCGGGGGAGAGACCCUACAUGUGCCUGGAGUGUGGCCGAAGCUUUAGCCAGAAGUCAGGCCUUCUGCUCCACUUGGGGACACACUCCGGGGAGAAGCCACACGUGUGCAAGCAGUGCGGGCGGGGCUUCAGUUAUAAGCAGAGCCUCAUUCGACAUCAGUGGACUCACUCAGGGGAGAAGCCCUAUGUCUGCAGCGAGUGUGGCCGAGGCUUUGGGGAUAAAUCCUCCUUCGUCAGACACCAGAGGACACAUUCAGGGGAGAAGCCACAUGAGUGCCAGGAAUGUGGCCGGGGCUUUAGCCAAAAGUCAAACCUCAUCACACACCAGAGGACACACGCCCUUGGGAAACCCUGUGUGUUUCUGAAGUGCAGCCAAGGCUUUAGUCAGAAGCCAGGCCUUCUGUUCCACCAAGAAGCACACUCAGAGUUGACUACCUGUGUUUGCAGUGAGUGCGGCCAAGGCUUCCCCCAGAAGUCAGACCUCGCCCGACACCAGAGGAUACACUCCGGUGAGAAAGCUUACGUGUGCCUGGAGUGUGGGGAAGGCUUUAGCCAGAAGUCAGGCCUCCUCCUCCACCUGGGGACACACACAGAAGCCACACGUGCAGGCAGAGUGGGUGAGGCAUUCGCGCUAAACAAAGUCUCCUUGGAAAUCAGCAGGCUCCCUCAGGAGAAGCUAGGUUUCCAGUGAGUGUGGUGAGAGCUCUCGAGAGAGAUCAGACCGCAUCAGACAUCAGAAGAUAGACUCAGAUGAGAAAUGGUGUAUUGACAGUUAAGUGUGGCUGAUGGUCUAACUGUAAAUCACACUUUCUCAUACACCAGAGGACACCUCAUAGAAACUCUGUGUGUUAGGCUGGGUUCUCCAGAGAAGCAAUACCAAUGGCACUUAGGUGUGUAAAUAAAGACAUUCAUCCAAGAAAAUGGCUCACACCAUUGUAGAGACAGGUAAGUCGAGCCCAGGUUGAGUCCAUGGGUCAAAAGUCAAUCUGGAGGCUUUUCCUAACUUAUGUACCUGCUGAUGCUCCAAAACCCGAAAGAAAGAAGGUUGCAGGCUGGCAGAGGCAGAGGCAAAUGGAUCCCAGGUCAGCAAGUCAGGUUUGUGACUGCAGGGCCAAAUGAAUCCAAGGUUGGUCGGCCAUAUGGUAGGCUGCUGUUGGUUCAAGUCCAAAGAGCCGGAGGUCGAUGAAACAGAUGCAGGAGCCAGCAAGAAGCUAGCUUCCCCCUAGUGUCGACUUAUAUGGGAGUAAGCCACACCCUGUGAAACUCCCUUCCAAUUGUGUCAGGGUUGCGACCUAAUCAGGGGAUCGCGAUCACCCUGAUCUUCCCACAACUGCUUGGUGGCUCACUUCAGAGCCCAUCAGAGACUUGAAUAUAUCAGAUCAGUCUGGGGCAGGCCUCGAAUGUCAAAUGGCAGAAAAGCCUGCUCCAGUGCAUUUGACACAAAACCGGACCAUCACACGCAUUCUGGCUUUCAAGAAGGGUGAGCACGUAUUUGGAGAAAAGGCACGCUUCAUUAUACAUCAGAGAAUGACUUAAUUUGGGGGAGGAAAAGCAGUAUGUGGACAGGGAAGUUGCACUUCCUCUUACUCCGGAAGACACACUCAGGGCAGAAUCUAUGGAGGGAGCUUUCUUUCAGCGACCCCCAUCAACUGACUUUGGGAGGACAGAAUUUUGCCGUCACGUACAUUGCUUCACCCACCUCUGAGGGAGUUUCAGAAGUCUCCAGACUGCCUACGCUCCGAAUGAGGGUGAAGGUGUCAAUAGUAACCAAAUAGACUAGAAGAGUAGAACAGUUUACUUCGCGAUCUAAGGAUGGUUUGGCUUGUUUUGUUAUACACCAGUUCUUCCCCAUGUUUUCUUUGUCCCUUUGCUGUAGUAAAAUCUUUCUCUAAUAAACCAGAAUUCAGGCU